AAGCCGUCCGAGCGUUGCCUCGAUGCGAAUUUUUAUCAUUUUGUUUUUAGUUGUAGAGUUCAUAUAACCUCUGGUAGGUUUUCACCGUAUCCAACAAUUGGGAAUGGAGAGGUCACUUUAAGAAGUUCAGAAUACCCAAUUCAUCAAUCAGAGAGAAUUAGUUGAGAAAAUAACCGCUCUAUUCAUUGUAGCAAUUGAAAAAUAUGGAGGGAAGAGAUUGCGAAAAUGCGAUUUUAAGAAGAUCAUCCAUUCUUGCAAGACAUCUACAUCCCCAUCGCCUUGGCUGCGGUGGAGUUCAUGGGAUUCAGCAGCUUCAUUGCUUGGAAUAUUCUCCACCAGAAGCUGCUUCAAGUAGUUCAUCCUCGCUUCAGCCAAAAAAGAAUAAUUCCAGCACUAGUGAGAAACCCACUUUUGAUAUUGGUGCCAUGAGAAAAUUGAUGCAUGGUCACAAUGUUGAAGAUCGGGAGUGGAUUUUCAAUUUGAUGGCUAACAGUGAUCUUUUCAUUACAAACAAGAAAGCUGGCAAAGUAUAUGCUAUCCCAGACUAUGAUAAGCCAAUGGAACAUCAGUGUGAAAUGACUAUGAAGAGAAUUCGUUAUCUCUUAGAAAAGGGUGUUUUUAAAGGUUGGGUGACAAACACAAGUUCAGAGCAUGAAACAAGGAGACAUGCAGCAAUACUUGAGUGUUUGGGAAUAUAUGAUCAUUCAUUAUUCAUGAUACUUAACGUACAGUUUUAUGUGUGGGCUAACACAAUUAGAUUCCUUGGUACAAAGAGACACCAUCAAAAGUGGCUGCAGGACACAGAAGACUAUGUUGUUAAAGGAUGCUUUGCUAUGACUGAACUUGGACAUGGUAGUAAUGUCCGUGGAAUUGAAACAAUCACCACCUAUGAUCCUUCAACCAAAGAAUUCAUAAUCACUACGCCUUGUGAGUCUGCUCAAAAGUACUGGAUUGGAGGAGCUGCAAAUCAUGGCACUCAUGCUGCAGUCUUCUCCCAACUUCUUAUCAAUGGAAGGAAUGAAGGCGUGCAUGCAUUCAUUGCACAAAUAAGAGAUAAAGAGGGGAAUGUCUGUCCAGGGAUUCGAAUUGCUGAUUGUGGUCACAAAAUUGGUGCAAAUGGAGUUGAUAAUGGACGAAUUUGGUUUGAUAAUUUGCGUAUUCCUUGGGAAAAUAUGUUGAACUCUGUUGCUGAUGUAUCUCCAGAUGGCCAUUACCAAAGUCCAAUAAGUAAUUCUGAUCUGAGGUUUGGAGCUCUCAUGGCACCUCUAACAUCUGGCCGUGUGACACUUGCUGUUGGUGCUGUAUAUCAAUCCAAGAUUGGAUUAGCAAUUGCAAUUCGAUAUGCACUAACAAGACGGGCAUUUAAUCUACAUCCUGAUGAGCCUGAAGUAUUGUUGCUUGACUACCCUUCACAUCAGCAGCGCUUGCUUCCUUUGCUAGCUAAAACAUAUGCAAUGAGUUGUGCGGCUAACGAUCUCAAGAGGAUAUAUUGGAAACGGGCUUCUUCUGAUAGCAAGACUAUUCAUGUUCUUUCUAGUGGAUGUAAGGCUAUGUUCACAUGGCAGAACUUGAAUACGUUGCAGGAGUGUCGCGAAGCCUGUGGUGGUCAAGGCCUAAAAACCGAAAAUCGUGUAGGUCACCUCGUGGGGGAAUAUAAUGUUCAAUCCACAUUUGAAGGAGACAAUAAUGUUCUUAUGCAACAGGUUAGCAAAGCCCUAUUAGGAGAAUAUUAUGCUGCUAAUAAGAAGCGAAGACCCUUUAAGGGCUUGGGCCUAGAGCACAUGAAUAAUGCUCGCCCUGUAAUUCCAGCAGUGCUGGAUAUGUCUACAUUGCGAAGUGUUAUAUUUCAAGUUGAUAUUUUCCGUUUACGGGAGCGUGAUUUGUUGGAACGUUUUGCCAUGGAAAUAUCUCAAUUUGUAUCAUUAGGAAAAAGUACAAGAGUUGCUUUAACCAUGAGCUACAAGUUGGCAGAGGACUUGGGGAGAGCUUUCUCUCAACGAGCAGUGCUUGAUUCCCUUCUUUCCACAGAGUCAAAGCUCAGUUCUUCUGAUUCUAUGAAGGAUGUUCUAGGACUAUUGAGGACCCUGUAUGUCUUGGUCAGUCUUGAAGAAGAUACUUCAUUCCUCAGAUAUGGAUAUUUAACACCACAACAUUCACAAAUGGUCAUCAAGGAAGUGGGAGAAUUGUGUAAGGAGUUACGACCAUAUGCACUGGCCCUUGUCAAUUCCUUUGGAAUUCCUCAGCCAUAUCUCAGUCCAAUUGCAUUUGACUGGGUUGAGGCAAAUUCAUAUGAAUAAACAUGGAUGCAAUCAGAGAGUGAGGAUUGAAUCCACAAGUGGACAGUGUUAGGAUUGUCUUUACCAUGCUCAUACUUAUUGGAUUGAAUCAGAACAAGUGUUUUUAUCUCUCCGAUGUAAUAAUGGCAGUGAGAUUGAAGAAUAAUUACUUUUUUUUCUAGGCCUCCAAAAAUAUAGAGAUCAAGUUCAAUACUGAUCAGGAUUGUGGAUGAUUUGAAUGACAUAAAAUAAAAUAAUGAGGAAAAUCUUUUGGGUUAUGAAGUGUGACCCAAAAUGUCUGAUGACAGAAAACUUACAACUCAGAUUUCUUCCAAGAACUGUUUUUGGUUCAAAUCUAUUUUGAGUUUAUAUGAAUUGAAUACACUAUGUUGCUUGUGUUGUAUUGGGGCCCCAUUAUCACAUUGUGAUUUAAUAGUGAUAACCAAGUUUUUUCUCCA